CUCGAUGAGGAAAAUAAGCAAAUUAUUAUAUUUGAUCUUCCGUGAACCAGUUUGUUCGUGAGAUUGAAAACAUAAAGAUGUAUAAACUCCUGCUAUCCCUUGUGUUACUGGGCCUCCUGGCGAAGUCAUUCGCACAAGGAGUCGACUCCAAACAGAUUCGCUUGGGCUGCGGCUGGCGCAACCCCGAGGGGCUUGGCUUCCGAGUAAGUAAUACCCCCGCCGAUGAAGCUAAGUUCGGAGAGUUCCCCUGGACAGUUGCCAUCUUCAAGAUCGAAUCAGUAGACAAUCAGAACCUCAACGUGUACGUCGGGAGCGGUUCUCUCAUCCAUCCCAACGUGGUUCUCACCGCUGCACAUCACAUCUACAAUGGAAGCCAGCUUAAAGUUCGAGCUGGCGACUGGGACUUAUAUGAGACAAGAGAAAUUUACCUCCAUCAAGAUCGCGAUGUUAAAGAAGUUGUUGUGCAUAAAGACUUUAACAAAGGCAACCUGUUUUACGACAUCGGCCUCCUCUUCCUGUCUUCGCCAGUAGACCUCGCUCCAAAUGUGGCCGUGGCAUGCCUGCCCAACGCGAAAGUACGCGCCGCCUCUGGUACGCGCUGUGUGGCCAGUGGCUGGGGCAAAGACGAGAGCGGGAAGUACCAGCCCGUCAUGAAAAAAACAGAGGUACCAGUAGUAGAUCGCGCCCGUUGCCAACAGGAGUUGCGCAGGACCCGCCUCGGCGACAUCUUCGAGUUGCACCACUCCUUCAUGUGUGCUGGCGGCGAGGGCGCUGAUACUUGCACGGUCGACAGUGGAGCGCCCCUCGUCUGUCCUACUCAGUACGAGCCAGACCGCUACAUCCAGCACGGCAUCGUCGCGUGGGGCGUCGGCUGCGACCAGCAGACGCCGGCCGCGUACGUUGACGUCGGCCAUCUCCGCGCCUGGAUAGACGACAAAGUCCGAGGGCGGGGAUACGACCAGUCCAGUUAUACUUACCUCGAUUAGUUUCAUUUUAAUCGUAAACAAUAUUUUCAAAUUCAGAGGGAUAAAAUAACCCCCUUUCUUUUUUUUUCAAUUUAAUUACAUUUAUAAAUUGAAAUAGAUAUCCAUCUCCGCGCGUGGAUAGACGAUAAAGUCCGAACCUCGAUUAGGGCCCAUUUAGACGGUAGGAGAUCUCGCAUACGAGUUUUAUUUGAUGGCUGUGCAAAAUUACAUAUACUCAAAGCCCGCAAUGUAACUAAAAUCGCAUGCGAGUUAAUUCGCACGUCGUCUAAAUCAGGCCCUGGUUUCUUUACAUGUUUAACUAGUAUUUUCCCGCAGUUUCGCUUGCGUUAAAUUUGAAAAUUGCGAAAUCUUCCAUCCCCCAUUUCAGGGAAGUGGGGAGUUGGAAAGACAAAAAGUAGCCUAUGUCACUCUCCAUCCCUUCAACUAACUCCACGUAAAAAAUC